AUGCUGUGCUUAACUUUCAGAUAUUUAAUAAGAUCGGCACCUCCGGAGCAUGUCUCCAGCCUUCUUAUCAUUGUUUUAUUUGUACGCACUUAUUUUCUGAUCACACAGGUUAAUUUUAUCCGAGGAUCGAUUUUUCGCUCUCCCCAAUUCUUUCUUAUGCGGCGAUGUUCCGAUGUGAAUAAGUUUAAAUGCUUUCCAAGAAUGAUGCGCCAAGUAUUCUUGGCGAAAUUAUUUACACUGCGUAAUUUGGCAGACAUGUUAUUCAAACGAAUUGGAGAAGUUUACCGCUAUGGAUGUUUCAGUUUUCAUCAAGAACUUGCAGCUAGUAAAGGACAACGAAUCCUCCUUGGAGCCUGUCUUAUAUCGUUUGCACAGGAUUCUAUAUCGGAAGAUGAAAUGAUGAUAACUGUUGAAGCAUUUGAUGUCGCAAAGUAUAAUGAGCUUUUGAAAUUUACUCAAAAGUCGCGGCAGAAGGAAGAAGAAAAAAGCUCUGAGGGCGUGUCACGGCAAUCCAUUGUACGUGAGUACAGUAGUCUGGAGAGUCCUCUCACAUUCUACGUCCGUGAUCUUCGGCAUUUCCUGCGUGAGAGACAGCACGAAUUCUUUCGAACUUUUUUCGCUUCUCAGAAGGAAAACCUUAUACCUUCCAUCGAUAGUACAGACACACCUCUCAUGCCGGCAUCAUCGCCUCGUGGGGUGAUGCUCAUAGAUCUUUCCAGCCGCCUCUCUACCGACGGCACCGGGUUUGUGGACUCUGAGUGGGAGUGUGUGAUUGAUCGGCCUGAUCUGCGCAUGUGGCGGCGCCCUUCAUGCAAGAAUUCUAAUGGAUCCAGCAAGAUGGCCGUCGGUCUCUAUGAAUACAGGGUGUGUGGGACUUUCAGUGACAUAUCAGCACUUUGUUUUCUGGAGGUGCAAUUGAAUCUGGCUUAUCGGCGAUACUGGGAUAAGAGCGUAGUGGUGCUGGAGUCAAAGAAAAGCGCAAAUGCAGCAGGAUCAGAGGUGAUUCGGUGGGUGGCACGCUUCCCCUUCCCCCUUGCACGUCGCGAGUACAUCUAUGCGCGGCGCUGGUGGCUCACCACCACUGGGGUUGGGGACCAGUCCCUCGCUCUUAUCAUCUCACGUGUCAGCAACAUGCAACCCACCGAUUCCGCUGCUUCAAUCACCGUAGUACCACAGGACGCUGGCUGGGCCAACGAUGAAGAAUCGCAGUCAGGUGGAGGAUUGGUGUCGGUGCGCUCGUACGAAUCCAACAUGCUCAUUCGUUCGCAUGGUACCAUUGAUGAGCCGGGAAUGGAUUAUUUUCUCAUCUAUCUGGAUGAUCCACAACUCGUCCUCUCUACAGGAGCUGCAAGUCGUCUUUCUUCGGCGGUGAUCCCGAGGUUGCUGGAUGGCCUGCACAGCGCCGCGCUCACCAUCUCUACGAAAGGCUUACCGGAUACCAUUCGCCCGGUGGUCCUUCGAUCAAGCCAAUCCUUUCCAUCAGAUGGUAGCACUUUCGUCGCCAACCCAGACGAAGCUUCCGACACCUCCCACUCAGAAACAAUGCAGGUUAAUGUUGAGAACCCUAUCGCACCCAUUACAACUCGAGUCUACCGGUUCUUCUUUCACUCCUAG